CAUCGUCCGCACCAUCUCCCCCCCUGUCCGGCCAUGUCCGUCCUCCCGACCGACCGACCAGCCGGCCAUGUGCAUCGCACCGACUUGCCGUUGCAUUGGCUCGCCGGCUCGCUGGCUCGUGGUGGGAAGUGGGUGGGAGAUUGUCUUGGCGGCUGCACCAACGGGCGCCAGAGCUAUUUCGGGUGACCCUUGCUGCUUGCUCGCCCCGGUUUGCCACACUCGCUUCGCCGCAGCUCUGGGUCCUGCUGAUGAUGUUGUUGAUGGUGGCGAUGGUGGCAAUUGUGGAGCGGCAAGUGGGGAAUUGCGUUUGUUCAGUAGAGUCGAUUCAUAGCGAAACGGGACAGUUCCUUUCUGGCACCAGCAACACAGGUCUGUCGAACUUCCAUAGGCUCCGGUGGGCAAGCCAUGUGAUUGUUUCCCGUCCUGGUUGGGAAUCUCGUUGUGUGGUGUAUCCACUCGACCCUGGACUGCUCCAUAGUGUAUCAACGUCAAGAUACCCGACCUUCUCGAGUCGCUUGGCUUCCCGGCACUGGGCACUGUUUGGCCAUGAUUGCAAUGAGUGGGUGGGUGUAUUCAGGUUCCAGAAGGAC